AUGACGGACUUCGCAGGAGUCAUCAUCGGCGUGCCUGGAUUGAUUAACGAUAUACUUGACCUUCGCGACCGCUGGGAGAUGGUCAUAGACCACGAACUAGAGUCGAGGAAAGCGCUGAUCAUCCUUCGCCGCAGCUUGCUUCGCCUUCAAACUUGGAUCGCAUAUUCCGGUUUCAACGGAGAACAUUUGGAAAAGAAGCACCAUCCUCGCUUUAAGGACCCAGGCUAUCUCGAAAAUGCCAAGAGCUACUUCAGUAUUAUCAAAGACAUUUGCAAAUGGCUCAGAGAAAAGUUCAGGAAGGUCAGGCCUGAUAUGGCCGAGCAAGGCCAAACAACUCUAAAGAUUCCAGCACUCGGCCAAAACUCGAAGCGACCACGCUCGCCCCUUCGAUCUCGAGUCAGUGAUUUCCAAGAGGGAAUCCGCUGGUCCGUCCAUGGCCAACGGUUCUCAGAGCAAGUGAAAGAGCUGAACGAGAUGGUCGACCAUCUGUACGAGGAUUUCCCGGAGUCUGUAAUGAACCCAGUCUCGCUCAUAUAUGGGACCAUUGGCGCAGGGGAUAAACACCUUGGCGCAGCAACGCAGGGAACGAAACCUGGAGAAUCAAAUGUCCCAGUCUAUGUGCAACUGGAACAGAUUGACGAAUGGUUGGACAUUCCGAACACAGCCAAAGAAUACAGCCGCCAUUGUGGCGAUCUCAGGCUGCCUCAGGUCACUUUGGGCGCAUUCUUUGGAUUCAUGGACGGCCCGGUUAUGGGAAAUCAAUCCUUUGCGCAAGGAUUGUGCAACUAA